CGCCUGAUCCAACAAGAAACAUGGCUGGCACGACGUCGGUUCGUAGAGUUAUCAACGAAGAAGUCAUGUUAAACAAGAAGGGGUAUACCCUGGGGUUGAUGUUAGGGGAGGGGUCGUAUGCCGCCGUCUACUCCUGCCAACUGAGCAACAACAGAGGAAAGUGUGCCAUUAAAAUAAUCAACAGAAAAAAGGCACCGAAGGAUUUUCUGGAGAAGUUUCUUCCGCGAGAAAUCAAAAUCCUGAGUAAAGUACAGCACAGAAAUAUUGUCAAAUGUUUUGAAAUAUUUGAUACUGGUACCAAGGUUUACAUGGUGCUCGAGUUAGCGGGACAUGGUGAUAUGUUGGAAUACAUUAAACUUCGACGGUCGUUAACCGAAGAAAAGGCGCGGGCAUUUUUCCGUCAAAUGGUGGAUGGAAUUGCUUACCUCCACAGUUUGAAUGCAGUACACAGGGACUUGAAAUGUGAAAAUAUUCUGCUGGACGCAUCAAACACCAUCAAAAUAUCUGACUUUGGUUUCGCGCGUUAUAUGGAGCCAAAAGAUCUCAGCAAGACCUACUGCGGGAGUGCUGCUUAUGCUGCCCCAGAAAUAUUGAAAGGAAACAUGUAUAAUGGUAAGGCAUACGACGUAUGGAGUUUGGGUAUUAUUCUCUACAUUAUGGUAUGUGGUACAAUGCCCUUCGAUGAUUCUAACAUCAAACGGAUGAUCAAGGACCAAAUGGAUCAGCGGCUCUGCUUCACGAAAAGGAAAGAACUCACCCUACUCUUUAAAGAUAUCGUUCUGGCUAUUCUCCAACCAUCGGCAGAGAGGAGGCUGAAAGUAAAUGAUAUCCUAAACCAUCCAUGGAUGCAAGACGGAUGCAACUUCAAGCAAACCCCACCCUCCAGCCAAGCUGGCACAUCACGCUCUUCUAAUGCCUCUUCCAACCGUCGGAGUCCUCCAGCACAUCCCCCAACUCCAACCCCUGCAACCAGCAACCUAGUGGAAAGUAACCGCGUCAGCGGUAACAACAACGCAACAACGCGGUCAACGCCACCGCUGCGGGAAGACCGAUCUACGGAAUCGACAAGUCGCUUUACGCAGAAUUUGACACGACGCAGCAAGAAGAUCGAGCCGGGUGCGUCAGCCGUGGCGUCUGCAAGUCAAGAUAGUAUACAUUCACCAAUGCCUUCAAGAACCACCGAUGUCGGGAGGAACACUCCAAGGGACGGUCAUCGAGAACGGGCAAGACAAGGAAAUACAGCAACCAGGCAGACCAGAAAUGCACCUUGA